UAACAGCUAAAGUGGUUGCAACAACGCCUUCAGCUGUUACUUAUUCACAAUACAGCAAAGCCUCUCGUACCUUAUUGCUUACAUAUAUAUUUAUUAACCGAAUUCAUUGAAAAUGUAUUAAUGAACUAUCAAUCGCCGCUGUAAUGACCUGACGAUCCCUGGAAAUAUUUAAAAAACGUUAUCAGACAAUCUAGCUCAAGAGGUUUGGGGGUGAGCUGUGGAAAGGUCAGCUGGUCAUUGUGUUUGGGAAGUAUGCCGGUCAGACCUUUAGGUGGCUUCUGGAAAACGAUGUCGGCUGGUUGGUGUGGUUGCUGUUCCAGUACUGCCAGCAGGGAGAGCAGAACGAGCUGCUGAAGUGGCAGAAGGAACGACUGCUCGAGUACGCCAGAGAUUUCCCUCCUGUCACAUGGCACCUUGAAAGGAGGUUGAAGUGUAAAAGUUGUGAGAAGAGAGAAAGAAAGAGAGGUGGAGAUCUGUGCGAGUUGUUGUAAGGAAAAGGUGUGUUUGGAGAGCAGACAGAGGGAAGCUUUGUAUACCUCUUGGACAGGUGCACGGAGCUUCUUUGCAAGCCACAUAUGAUGUUAUCGCUACUGUUCUGUGUUCUGUUGCUCUUUCUGAGUCAGGGUGCUGAUACCCAGCAGAAGCUUCGAGGAGGGACAGGUGUGGCAGAAAGGAAGCAGUUUUGUAGCUGGCCAUGUAAAUGUGGCGUCCGACAGCAUUGCGCCCCUGGGGUCAGCUCUGUUUUGGAUGGCUGUGGGUGCUGCAAAACCUGCGCACGGCAAAUUGGAGAACCAUGCAAUGAAAGGGAUAUCUGUGAUCCGCACAAAAGUUUAUACUGCGACUUUUCCAAAGACAAGCCACGUUUUGAAGCUGGUGUCUGUGCUUACAUGAUGGGGGUGGGUUGUGAUCUGAAUGGGGCUCACUAUGACAAUGGACAGGCCUUCCAGCCCAACCCACUUUACAAGUGUACUUGCAUUGCUGGAGCCAUUGGCUGUACCCCUGUCUUCAUUGAAAAACCUGCAGGGAUGCUGAACGCCACUCCCCUCCAGAGCAAAACGCUAACAGGUCUUAAGAAUAACAGUAGGCCCAAACAUCAGCAGGACACCAACUACAUGUCAGCUUACAGGGAUCCUCCUUUAGCCUGGAAGAAGAAUUGCUUGGUGCAGACAACGCCCUGGUCAGCCUGUUCACGUACCUGUGGCAUCGGCAUCUCCGUACGGGUCAACAAUGACAACAGCAAGUGUGAGAUGAGAAAGGAACGCAGACUCUGUCUACUUCGACCAUGUGAAAAGAAAGCUCUGAAAGAGCUGAAGAUGCCAAAAGGGAAGACCUGCAGACCGAAAUUCCAGGCCAGCAAAGCCGAGAAGCUGUCUCUCUCUGGCUGCACAAGUGUUAAAAAGUACAAGCCCAUGUACUGUGGGAUCUGCACAGACAAGCGCUGCUGCAUUCCCAAUAAAUCAAAAAUAGUGAGCAUAGAUUUCCACUGCAAAGGAGGAUCCAGUGUACGCUGGAAGAUGCAGUGGAUCACUUCAUGUGUGUGUCAGAGGAAGUGUAAUGAACCGGACGACAUGUUCUCAGAGCUACACUUAAUAUAAAACAGACACACAGGGAGAGGAAAUGUGAGGAAUGGUUAUUCUUUAGCUUUACCUAAUGUUUGCUAUAGCGUAUACAACAGUUCUUUCUGGUUCUCGUAUUUGAAUGGCUCAGGGCCUUUUUCAGUUAUGCAACAUUUUAGCAGUAUCACCACACUGUUUCACUGCUUGUAUUAUUCCACCACUGGUUGUUUUAGAAUUAGUACUGGAGGCUUGUUUAAGCUCUUAAGUGUUCAUCCUUAUUUUGCCAAGUCAGAGAUGUCAUCAGGGCAACAUAUUGUUUUGACCCAAGGACAAAAUUUUUGUAAACAAAACCUAAACCCACCCCAAACCCCAACCAUAACUGAACCCUAAAAUUAGAGGAUAAUGAAGUGAAAAACAAUGGUCUAAAAGCAGCUAAACCUGGUUGUGAGCUUAAACCUAAAAAAAACCUGUAAACUUUUCUGAAAUCUGAUUGGUUUAUUCAAAUGUUGUUCCGGGGUCAACAUAAUGUUGCCUUGAGGACAUUAACCACUUGGCAAAAUCAGGAGAGCCGCACUUAAGCGGUACAGUCAGAUAUGUGUGACUAGAAAAAGCUGUCACCAGAUGGAACGGUCACACACGGCACAAACACUCUCUUUAAAACAGUGGUUCUCAAACUGGGGGCCGCGAGAUGGUGCCAGGGGGGCCCCAGUUUUAUGACAUUUUAUAAAAUACAUUCAUUUAUCAUGAAUUCUGUGUACAGUAAUGAAACCAAAAAAAAUCAGGCUUCUAACAAACAUCACUACUUUGUAUAACUUAAUAUGUUUUG